CCUAACAAUGCCAGUCAGUGCCACCUAGCAGUGCCACCUAUCAGUGCCAUUAGUGCCUCCUCAUCAGUGCCCAUCAGUGAAGCCUAUCAGUGCCCAUCACUGCAGCCUCAUUAGCGCACCGUAGUGAAGGAGAGAAAUCACUUAUUUACAAAAUGUUAUAAUAAAAAACUAAGAAAAACAUUUUUUUUUUUCAAAAUGUUCAGUUGUUUUUGGUUUAGCAAAAAAUAAAAAACCCAGAGGUAAUUAA